UCGUCUUGAGUUCGCCUUUAGAUUAUAUGUCUUCCAUCACAAGAUUUUUUAUUUUAAUAGUCGGUAUUACUGAAAAAUAUUUUGUUUAUUUAAGUUAAAAGAUGUCAAUUCAACUUGGAUUGUAGCUAAUAAAACUCAAAACCAAUCAAUUCAACCGCCAUAUAUAUAUACAUAUGUACAUAUGUGCAAGAGUAGAUGUUGAUAAAUUACUCGUACGAUAAUGUUUACUCUGUGAGUAAUAUAAAAAAAAAAAAACGAAUGUAGAUUACUGUGAUGUUCCAACUACCAACUGUUUCAUUUAAUGUUAAAAAAUCACAAUUUGUACGUAUAAAAACCGCAAAUGCUUGGAAAAAAUAAACGCCACAAAAUUGCAUAAACCAGCCGGGUUAUUUUUAAUAGUGCUGUUUUUCCAUUGUUUAAGUAUUUAUUUAUUAGUGUUCAUUUGUACAUUCAUGUGUUUCUAUGUAUCUAUUUAUAUAUGCAUAUAUAAAUACCUAAUGAAAUAAAUGGAAAUACAUCAACAGAAUAAACAACGAACAUAUAUACCUAGAAUAGCAUUGGAUUUUUCUCCAAAAAGGCGUCAGGAAGUUCUACAUACAAAAAACGUUACAACGUGGGACUAGGUCGACCUUGGAAAAAAUAUUAACACUAAGUCGAUAUAUUUAAUGCAUUAAGUUUAAAAUUCGACGUCAUUAAAAACAUAACAAACCAAAAUGGGCGGCGGCAAAAAUAUACGCCGCGGCCUAGAGCCAUUGGAAUUUGAGGAAUGUUUUGUUGACAGUCCAGAGUUUCGUGAAAAUUUAAAUCGACAUGAGAAGGAACUGGAUCAUACUAGUCAUCAAAUUAAACGCAUAAUAAAGGAGGUAAAAGAUCUUAUGAGCGCGGCAAAAGUACUUUCCAGUCGAAUGAAACAAUUGGCCAUUUUACUUACCGAUUUUAACUUUGAGUGCAUAGGUACGGCACAGACCGAUGAUGAGAACGUCAUUUGUGAAAGCCUAAAACGUUUUGGUGCUAUCAUUGGCAAUAUUGAAGAUGAACGCGAAAAAAUGCUUACUUUAGCUGAUAAACAUAUUAUUGAAGCUUUAGAGGACUUCAGAAAAAAACAAAUUGGAAGCGUAAAAGAAAACAAAAAGAAGUUUGAUAAAAAAACGGAAAAAUUCUGCCAGUCGCAAGAGCGUUUUCUGAAUAUGUCUAUAAAAAAACCCGAAAACGCAAUACAGGAGGCCGAUGCCAGUUUAGGCAUGCAUGAACGGGAGCAUAUUCAGGAAUCAUUGAGCUAUGUUUUGCGCAUACAAGAAGUGCAGGAAAGAAUAAAAUUCGAAUUUGUCGAAAUAUUGCUGGCUUUUAUUUCCGGCUGGUUAGUUUUUUAUCACACAGCACACGAGCAGGCUGAAGAUCAUAGAGACUAUCUGCAAGAUUUAAGGCACAAGGUACAAAAGACUCGUGAGAAUUUUGAGGAAGCUCGUGAAAAAGUAACUGAACUAAAAACCAAAUACAUGGAAAAACGCACAAAACCUGAGGAAGUUUUUACAAAACGUGGUUACCUAUUUUUAAUGGAAAAAAGUUCCCUUUUGAAAAUGUCACUUCUGGAGCCAUUCAAAGCAACAUGGUCAAAAUACUAUUGCACAUUUAAGAAACAAAAGCGCGAAUUCACCAUGCUUCAAUUUAAUCAAAUGAACCACAAUUUUACGAGACCAGAAACUCGGGAAGACGAAAAGCUGACUCUUUUUUCCUGCCAACGCCGGGCUUCCGAGUUCGAGAAGCGAUUUUGCUUUGAUCUAACCUUUAAAGAAAGACCCGGAUUAGUUUACACUUUCCAAGCUUUAAGCGAAAAGGAUCAUUGCUAUUGGCUGAACGCGAUGGAUGGAACGGAGCCGACAUAUCUAGCUCCAGGAAAAAUUAAAGUCACCGAAGCAUAUCAAUUAGACGAGCCUGGAUUUAUAUUUGUUCGGCGCUGUAUACAAGUAUUAGAAAGCCGUGGACUGGAAGAUGAAGGAAUUUAUCGAAAAAGUGGUGUUGGAACAAAAAUUAGCAAGUUAUUAACUUUAGGUAUAAAUCGAAAAGAAACCGAAGAUGUUUUCACUGACGAUAAGUACCGCGAUUUAAUGGAAAGUAACACUAUUGCCAGCGCCCUCAAAAUGUAUCUGCGGAAUUUAAACGAACCAUUAAUGACGUAUCAUUACCAUGGUGAUUUCAUCGAAUCAGCUAAACUGGAAACCCUGAAUCAACGCGUAAAUGAAGUACAUAAGUUAGUCUACAAAUUGCCAAAACCCAAUUUCGAAAUGCUGGACAUAGUUAUUUGUCAUUUAACUGAGGUGUCACGCAAAUACGAAAAAAAUAAAAUGUCCGUAUUUAAUCUCGGAGUAGUUUUUGGACCAACUUUGCUCAGACCGAAAGAAGAAACAGUUGCAGCCAUAUUGGAUAUUAAGUUUAAUAAUAUCGUAAUCAAUAUACUCAUUGAUAACUAUGAGAGGAUCUUUAAAACCUUUCCAAGUGGUGGUGUCACAUCCAUAGACGUCAGCAAGACACCGUGCAUAAUGUACCCUACCAGUACCAAUAGUCCGCCGGCGCGCAUGCCUCGCGCCUCCCAAAUAGGAAAGGCAGCUUCAACAGGUGCAGUGGGGGGGAGUAGUACCGAACGGAAUGCAAUGUUCUCAUCGCAGCAUAAAACCUAUCGUUCAGUUGCGCAAUCCAAAUCAAGCUAUACGGACCCCACAAUGUCAUCCAGCCUGCAAAAUAUUCCAAACGGAACAAACACGAGUUACGCCCCUGCCCAAGGCCAGACAAGUGCCAGUAACGCAUCUUCUACUACAAGUGGGGCAGCAGCUGUAAGUAGUUUUCGUGGUGGGGAAUGUACAUCACUCUCGCCCUCCCUUCACAUUUCAAAUGGCCUAGUAUCACCCUCUACAAUUGGAAGUAUUAAGAACUUAAACGCGAUAGCACAGAACGAGCUAAGCUCACGACGUUAUGUUGAUCCUGUGGCCGGUACCGUUUAUGGACUCUUAAAUUCUAACAUUGGCAGCAGUGGUGCAAGUAGUACGAGCAAUUUGCGUCACCCUGAGUACCUGUUGGCCACGGCCACUCCAGUGUCUCAGUCUGCCUCUAGUACCCACAUAUAUACAAACACGGUUGGUGUGUCGCCAAGCAAUAGGAUGAGUCUAACUAAUGUUUCCCCGCCCAUUACUACAGCACGAAAAGAACGUUUAGUUAGUAAUGCGUUAGGAAGUGCUGCCACAUCAAGUGGUCCACAGCAGCACCCUCCAGUCCAACGCGGACUGUAUUCCUACGGACAGGCAAAGCACUAUUCUCCCAUGGUGCCAGCAUCGACAUCAAGCUCUAAUGACAGUGUAUGUGACUCGCUGUCAUCUAAUAAUGGCUUCACCUCCGUGGUAGUAAAUACUAACAGCGGCAACACCGGUAGUGGCAGUGUGCCUGAGCCUCACAUACGGAAUAUAAAAAACUAUGCUCCGACAGUUGCGUCACAAACGGCAUCCUUGUCAACACUUCUUGGGCCAACUUGUGGUGAGGAUAUUGUAAUGGCAACAGUGGCGCCUUCCGUUAUAGGUAAUAAUACCGUAAUAGGUGGGAGUCUUAGCGGAAGUGGCUCCAUCAACGAAAACUCAGACUAUCCGCCUGCUAAAAUGCAUCGCAAUCGUGACAUAAACCAAAUUGAACGUGAUUUGUCAACCGGAACAGCUCGUGUUCGUACCCUAUACGCUUGCAUGGGAGAAAGUGAGGGUGAACUUUCGUUUGAGCCAAAUCAAAUUAUAACUAAUGUUCGAUAUUCUCACGAGCCUGGUUGGUUGCAAGGCACACUAAAUGGUAAAACAGGACUCAUUCCGGAGAACUACGUGGAACACUUGAAAACACAUCAGUAGACCCUGUUCUUAUAAAGCUAUUUCUAAUUUUAAUUUAUAUUUUCAUUAACUUACGCUUUUAAAAAAAAAUUACGACUUCGUAUUCAGGUGCUCCGGGUUUCGUAAAUUUGUUUUCAUAGUUUUGUUAUAUUUUUUUAUAUUAUAUGCAUAUCAUAUUUAAAUUUUCCUUUCUGCUCGGACAUCUGACUUAGUUGAUUUCAGAUGCUACUGACUGUUAAAAUGUAUUUUUUUUUUCGAUUGUUAGUUUUGAAGUAAAAUAAAGGCAGACAUUUCAAGGAAUGGUAGAAUUAUACAAGGUAGUCCCGUCGGAAAAAUAAGCCCUAGUUCGGCUUAUUAAAGUGUGUGUGAGACGGGUAUAGCCUGAAGGUUUGAAUGAAAUGACUAACUGAAUAAGCACGAGUUGUCAAAAUAAGCCCUAAAACCCGAACGAUUUGGACCCGACGGGACUACCUUGUAUAACUCUAUCAUGUUUCAAGGUAACUAUUUUCUGUCUCUAGCAAAUAGUAUUCGAUUUUAAAAACCAAAACACUUUAACAUUUAAUUUGGCAGAGACCAACUGCCUGUUUUCAAAAACGCAAACGCAUCGCAAGAAACUUGCGAAAAACCGGAGCACGACUGAAUGGUAAAAAAUGCAAAGUGAAAACAAGAAGUUUUAACAUAAUCGGUAUCUAAACAAAGUUUAGAUGUUUGUUCUAAAAUGCCAACCCUGAAACCACCAGUUGAUCCUAGAAGUAAAUAUAUAUAUUUCCAUGACUUUAGAUGUACAAACUUAUAUUUAGAUCAUAUGAAGUAUAAAUACGAAAGUCUAACGGCAAAGAUUUUUUUUAUUGAUUGUUAUGCGCUUAAUUUGUUGCUUAUUUAUAAAUAAUUCUAAAAACAAAAUUUUUAAAGAUUAUAAGGUAUUUAAUCUUAAUUGCAAUUCUAAGAAAAUAAAUAGCUAGUGCCUUAUAAAUGUAUAAGAAUUUUGUCUUGCCACAGAAUUCUACCAUAACUCAUCUGUAAAGCUUCUUCAAUUCUUUGUUGUUUAUGGUACGUAAUUGUUUUUUUUUUCUUUGUUACAUAUAUAUAUAUAUAUUUUUUUUUUGGCAUUAC